UAUAUAAUAUAAAGUCCCUCCACAGCAAUACUGCAGAGCAGAAGCUAGCAUUAAUUAUUUUCCUCUCUCUUUUCUUUUCUCUCUCUCCAUUAGGAUCAAUGGCUGUUUUUAACUCUCUUUCAACACCUUUUUUAAUUACCAAAUCAUCUUACACUACAAGGACAAUAAGGCUCCCUCUCCACAGACAAGUGGUGUUUGCAAGUGUUGAUCAUGACAAUAUUUCAAACAACAUCUCAUCAUCAACAACAACAAUAAUUAGUCCUCCUCAGAUCAAAUCAACUUCGAAAAAUAAGCUUACGGUAUUUGAAGAUAAGUCAACGGGUAUAGUUUGUUAUAGAGAUGAAAAUGGAGAGAUCAUAUGUGAAGGGUAUGAUGAAGGCCCUCGUUUCUACCACCAACUCCCAAAAUCUCCUUCUAAAUCAAGAGAUGAAGAAAUUGUAGAGCUCAUCCAAAGAAAUUGGCUUCAUAUAGCUGAUGUUGCUGUGGAAUGAACACAUUUUUGUGCAGUCUCAACAAGCUUAAUUGACUACAUGUUUGGAGUUCAAACUAAUUAGAUAAUGUAAGAUGAAUAUUAUGUAUUCAUUUUGUUCUAUUUAGACUCAUAGUCAUCGUUGUUCUAAUAGCUAAUGUUUUGACAAAACGAUAAGCGAUAUUAGUACGAUUGAUGUAUUGGAAAUUCAUUUUGCACUUUUUUCAACAACAAAAAAAAAUUUUGUUUG